AUGGAACAUCAACAUUAUCAAACUGUUAAUGAAAAGAACAAUGUUGAUGAUAAAGAAUUCGUCGUUAAUUAUGAAAAUAAUCUUGAACAAUCAACUGGUGAUACAAUUGAAGAAGAUAAUCAUGAAUUAUCUAAAACACCAAUUCCAGAAAUAAUUAAUGAUGAAAAUGAAAAUCUUGAUACAAACGAAUAUUUAAAAUCACAAGUUGAUGAAAAUGUUCCUCAACAACAAUCGUCAUCGUCUGUAAUGGUUACAACUUCUGACGAUAAUAGAUCAUUAUCGAUGACAACAUCAGCAUUAACAACAACAACAACCACCACCAACACAACAACAAAAGCUGAUGACAGAGCAUCACCAUUAAGUCAUCAUACUCUCCGUGAAAAUCAACAUAUAUCUGAUCGUUCAUCUCCUGUCAAUGGUCCCGGUCUAGCUAAGCCUAUAUCAAUGACAUCAUCUUUAAAAGAACAAUAUGAACAUCAACAAAAUCGAACAUUAUCUACAUCUAAUCCUGUUGGAAAAAAACGUGUUGAUGCUGCAUUAGAAAAAAAUAUUGAAACAAUAGUUACACAAGUUCGUCGUACAACAACAAAACCAUCACAAUUAACACAGAAUGAUCUACAAUUAUUUGAUAGUACAACAUCAACUAAUAAUAUUAAAAAUGGUCAUCAAUCACGUGAAACAACACCACUUACAACCAAUACAAUACAUAAACAAUCAUCAUCAUCAUCACGUGAAAUGACACCUGAUUCUAUAAAUACAGAUUCAGCUAAUGAAGAUCAACAACAAACAAUACGAAAUGGACAUAAUUAUCAUCGUUCUAUUCAUCAUCCAUCAUCGAAUAUUGAUUUAACUUCACCAUCUAUUCCAUCUUAUGGACAACAACCAUGGCCUCCUACUGUUUAUCCAUUUGCUCAUCAACAUCCUGGACUUUAUUUACCUUAUCUAUCAACACCAUCAGCAACAACAUCAACACCAACCAAUGGUUUGCCACCAUUCUAUCCUUCAUAUGAUCCAUUAUUUAUUGAACAACAUUAUGGUCCACAAGGAUUAUCUGCUUUUUAUAAUCAUCAACAACAACAACAACAACAAGCUCGACUUUUACAAGAACAUUCAACAGUGUCAGGUACGACAAAUAAUGCACCUUUAUUUAGAGAAUCACAAUCAUUAACUGAUGUAUUUAAUAAUUCAAUAAAUAAUACAAAACUUUCAAAUCGUAUUAAUCCACGUUUAAAUAAUUUAAAUGAACAACAACAACAAAUGAUACUAUCACAUCUCUAUCUUAAUCAAAUAACUUCACUUCCAUUUGUAACAUUAUAUGAAAACUCAGCAUCAUCACCAUCACGUCAAUUCCGAACUAAUGGAGAUAGUGAUCAUAUCUCGUCAACCUUAACAACUCCAACAAAAGAACGUGGUGAACAUUCACCUGUUGGUAGUGGUGAAUCAAUAAAAUCAUCAGAUUCAAUAUCAAUUGGACAUAGAAAUAAAAAAUCAACAUUACAAACAUUUCAACAUCAUCAUAAUAUAAAUGGAAGUUUAUCAAAAUUAUCACCAGAUUUAUCAUCGGAUGGUGCUGGUACAAAUGAUGCUGAUAGUAUUAUUUCAUUUGAAAGUCAAAAAUCAAAUACAACAGCAAGUAUGCCUGUACUUGAAGAUGGUUUAUCAGAUUCCGAAAAUCUAAGUGGUGAUGAACAAUCAGCAUCAAUUAAAUCAAAACCAAAUGGUCGUCAUCAAUCUACACAAAGUGAUUUUUUAUAUGAUCAAAAUCAUUCAUCAUUAAUCACAUCAUCACAUAAACGACAAUUUGCGAAAUCAACAACAACAAAUGGUCUUGAAUCUCAAACAAAAUCAUUUUAUAUUCGUCCACCACCACCACCACCAUCAUCAUCAUCAUCAUCAACUACUGUUCAACCUGUAACAACAACUCGUUCAACAAAUGAAUCAAAUUCGCAACAACAAAAAAUUAAUAAUGAUGAAUCUUCGAGUGGUCAAACAGAUUAUGAUACUGAUGAAGAAACAGAUAAAUUACUUGGUGUUGAACAUCGUAUGCAUGCUAAAAAUCAAGCUAUUCGUGAUGCUGCUGUUUCAAGACCAUCAAAUAAACCUAAAACACAAGAAGUUCUCACUCGAACCAUUGUUGAUCCAGAAAAUUCUUCGGUACUUAUUGAAGGCGUUUUAUUUCGUUGUCGUUAUCUUGGUUCAACACAAUUACUUGCCGAAGGAAAUCCAACUAAAGCAUCACGUAUGAUGCAAGCACAAGAAGCUGUUGGACGUAUAAAAGCACCACAAGGUGAAAGUCAACCAUCAGUAGAAGUUGAUUUAUUUAUAUCAACUGAAAAAAUUAUGGUUUUAAAUACUGAUUUACAAGAUAUUCUAAUGGAUCAUUCUCUAAGAUCAAUAUCUUAUAUUGCUGAUAUUGGUGAUCUUGUUGUAUUAAUGGCUAAACGACGUUAUUUACAACAUACUGAUGAUAAUGUUAAUGGAAAUGAUGAUACAAAUGAAACAAGUACACGUCGUGUUGUAUCAAUUAAUCAAAAAAUGAUUUGUCAUGUUUUUGAAUCUGAUGAAGCUCAAUCAAUAGCUCAUUCCAUUGGACAAGCAUUUCAAGUAGCAUAUGUUGAAUUUUUAAAAGCCAAUGGUAUAGAUGAUCCAAGUUUUACACGUGAUAUUGAUUAUCAAGAAGUACUUAAUCAACAAGAAAUUGGUAAUGAAGAAUUAGAUCGAUUUUCAAAAAAAGAAUGUCAAAAAGAAGUUAUCGUUCCAAAAUCGAAAAAUGAACCACUUGGUGUUGUUAUUGUUGAAAGUGGUUGGGGUUCAAUGUUACCAACAGUUGUUAUCGCAAAUAUGAUGCCUAAUGGACCAGCAGCAAGAUGUGGACAUUUAAAUAUUGGUGAUCAGAUUAUAUCCAUUAAUGGAAUUAGUUUAGUUGGUUUACCGUUAUCUUCUUGUCAAACACAAAUAAAAAGUGUUAAACAUCUUACAACUGUACGAUUAGUCGUUGUUCCUUGUCCACCAGUUGUUGAAGUAUUGAUUCGACGACCGGAUACUAAAUAUCAACUUGGUUUUAGUGUACAAAAUGGCAUUAUCUGUAGUUUACUUCGUGGUGGUAUUGCUGAACGAGGUGGUGUACGUGUUGGUCAUCGAAUCAUAGAAAUUAAUGGACAAAGUGUUGUAGCUACGCCACAUGAAAGAAUAGUUAGUAUGUUAUCAAAUUCAGUUGGUGAACUUCGAAUGAAAACAAUGCCAACUCAAAUGUAUCGUCUAUUGACUGGACAAGAAAAUCCGAUAUAUAUAUAA